AUGUCUGAAAAAUCGUUCAAAGCGUCCUCUCCCCCGGACCUCGAGGCCGUCAACACCGCCACCACGACCAGCUCAUCCAGAUGGGCCUCCAUCUUUGGCGGCAAGGAUGUUGUUGUUGGCUCGCGCAUUGCGCCGCUGCCAGACUACUUGAAGACUGACGACUCUGAUCGGGCUGAAACUGCCUCGGAGAUUCUCGAUCGACAGCUGGCUGCUGAGGAUGGUGCUGCCAUCCAGUAUCGCACAUGCUCGUGGCAAAAAACUGCGGCUCUGCUGUUUAGCGAGUACAUUUGCUUGGCCAUCAUGAGUUUCCCGUGGUCCUACCGCUAUCUUGGUCUCAUUCCUGGACUCAUCCUCACGAUUGUUGUCGCUGCGCUUGUCCUCUACACCAGUCUGAUCAUGUGGAAGUUUUGUCUCCGCCACCCAGAGAUUCGCGAUGUCUGCGAUCUGGGCCAAACUCUGUUUUGGGGCAAGAAAUGGGCAUGGUGGGGAACAGCCGUCAUGUUUAUCCUCAACAACACCUUCAUUCAGGGCCUCCACGUCCUCGUUGGCGCCAAGUACAUCAACACCAUGACCGAGAGCGACACCAUUGGCGGCUGCCGAACUGUCGAGUUCUCAAUACUGGUGACUUUCAUCUGCUGGAUUGGCUCCCUUCCUCGUACCUUUGAGAUGAUGUCCAAGCUUGGUACUGCGUCUGCCGCCUUUACCCUUGUCUCCGUUGUUCUGGCCGCAGUUUUCGCAGCCGUCCAGAGUAGCCCUCCUGCCAAGGCUGGCAGCGGCGACAUCGUUUAUGACCUGUUCCCCAAUGCGAGCGUCACGUUUGUUCAGGGCAUGGCAGCUUUCCUCAACAUCAGCUACACAUUUAUUGGUCAAAUUACCCUGCCCAGUUUCAUUGCGGAAAUGCGCGACCCUCGCGAGUUCCCCAAGUCGUUGUGGGCUUGCACCAUUGCCGAAAUCAUCGUCUUUUGUGUCGUUGGCGGAGUCAUGUACGCCUUUGUUGGAAACAACUACAUGACUGCCCCGGCCUUUGGUUCUCUGCAAGACCUGUACAAGAAGAUUUCAUUCUCAUUCAUGAUACCCACGCUCAUCUUCCUUGGCUGCUUGUAUGCCUCGGUCACAUGCCGCUUCGUCUUCUUCCGCCUGUUUCGCAAUUCUCGCCAUCUCAACGACCACACUGUUGUUGGGUGGGGCUCGUGGGCUGGUAUUCUACUCAUCACCUGGAUCGCCGCAUUCCUCAUCUCGCAGGUUAUUCCUUUCUUCUCGUCACUUCUGUCGGUCAUGUCCUCGCUGUUUGACAGCUGGUUCGGCUUCAUCUUUUGGGGCGUCGCCUACUUUCGCAUGCGCCAGGUGGAUCGGGAAGACGGAAAGAAGGAAAACAAGAUUUUCGAUAUGCUUUCAAACAUCCUCAAUGUGCUCAUCAUUCUUACUGGUGUCAUGUUCCUAACAGUGGGAACUUACGCCAGUGUGCAGGGCAUCAUUGAUUCUUUUGAGGCGGGCGAGGUGGCGGGCGUGUUUUCAUGCGCCUCCAACGGCUCUUGA